GUGAAAAACUUCCAUUUCCAAGAUUAACACAGGGUUUUCUUCCUCCUUAUUUUUCCGAAGGUGAAACGGAAUUUUGGAUAUUGGACAACAGUAAUUAUGAGAGCGCGUCGAAUGAUGGUUUGUGUUACUGCCGAUCCACUGGUCUAAGAAAGUAAAUCAUUUUCAAUUUCUUAGACAAGAAAAUGAAACAUGGAGUCGGCAACUAUAAGAAGUCAAUUAAUGGUACUUUUUGACAAUUUAAAAAGUAUUCAACCGAGUGAACGAGAUAAUUUAAUAGCGUUUAUGAAAAAAAAUUUAUCACAACUGCAAGAGAAUAAUGAAAGAAGCGAUGUGUACCAGGGUAGCAUUAUCAGCAAUGACAACUAUCUUUGUUGUAGUGGAAAUGUGGAUAAUACCACUACUACUAUUAUUACCGCUACUACUUCUAAUGUUAGCUUAACUAGCAGCUCUUCAGUGUAUGCGAAUGUAAAAUCUUCAGAAUUAUAUGACUUAAAUAUCAAUGUAGACAGUCUGCAGCUAUCGUUUGAAGCAACUCCUGAAUCAGUAGUCGAUGAAGGGAAUGAUUUUCCUACACUAACAAUACAACACAAUACUACUAGCCUAACAGGUCAUAAUUGUUCAGAAGCAAUCUAUGUAAACGAAUGUUUGCCCAUGGCUACAAAUGCGCCAACAUCUAAUUGCUCAAAUUUGAAUAAUGAAUCAAAUUUUCAUGAAACGCUUCAAAAACAAAAUCCUAUCCCAUUAGACAGUAAUGUAACCGACAAUAAUCAUACAUCAAAUUCCAUCAUAAAUUAUGAAGGACCCAAUUAUGAAACCUAUUUGAAUUGUCCAUUAUGUCGAGUUACAUUUGAAAAUUGGCCAAAUUUAGAAUAUCAUCUAUGUAAUGAACACACAACAAAUAAUGUAGCACCUGUAUGCUGGCGAUGUCAAGGUGUAUUCAAAAAUCAUGCUGUUCUUCUAGCACAUGAAUGUUUUGAUUGGGGUCGACUAUAUUUACCUUGUACAGUACAUAUGAAUAAAUCAUUGAAAAGUUUUCGUAAAUUUUCAAAAAUCGAUUUAGAAAGGAAACAAUUUCCGAUGGAUGGCGUGUUUUUAAGUAGACGUUGUGGAUUAUGCUAUAAAUCAAAUGUUACAUUCACAUCGUAUGAUGCAUUUGAAAAUUUCCAAACCUCGCAUCAACACAGUGAAAAAGGAAGAUUAACAUAAUGUAAGUGACAGAGAUCAACAUGAAAUUCAGUGCAAAGCUAAACAUGAGAAAUGUAGUUCAUUCAGAUGAUUUCAGUUGGACAAAUGGAAGUAUAAACAAUGAAUUCGAGAUUUCGAGGAAGAUAAAGAAUGUUUAAAAUUACACCACUAGAAUCGUUAUUUUAAACCUUGCUAAACAACGUUUCUCCGUACCAUUGGCUUCUAGUCUUGCGGAUCGAGGCCAUAUUUUGAUUUGGUUACCAACCACCAUAGGAUCUCGAGACAUAAAUCAUCUUCACAUUCUACCACAGGGAGAGAUGGCGGUUAUGAACCUCCCACUUCUCGCACACUAACAACAUCAACUCGUAAAAAAAUACAAUCAUUAAAGUGCAAUUCACCAUCAGAUGAACAUCCAUCAUCCGAUGUAGCUAUCCGUAGUGUAGUACGUAAUCUAACCGAACAUUUCUAUGCAUUAAAUUAUUAUCAAGAAGGACGGAAACGACGUGAAGGUGGGAGAAGAGCCGUUUUAGAUAAUAAUCAUAAUUCAACCGAAGAUAGUAUAAACCAUACAAAAACUAUGUCAGAAAUAACAACGACAGAAGAUAAUCCUAUCACCAGUACAACUACUACCAAUGCCACUGCUGUAGAUGUCAUCUCUACUAUCACUAACACAAAAGAUGUGGGAGAAAAAGAGACGACACUUACUUCGUUGGAUAUUAGUAACGGCAAUAAUGAUAAUGAUAAUAAUAAUAAUAAUAAUAA